AUGUUCCGACGCAUUCUUAGUCGAGCCGUUGCUGCCACAGCGGGGAUGCAGGUGUGUGCAGCCGCAACUGCGCUCAGCGACAAAGAGCUGGCUAAGAAACCAGAAUGGUAAUU